AGACACGUUUUCUCAAGUGUUUUUUCACAGUUUGGAUAUUUUGACCGGGUGGACAUCAGUAUUUCAUGAGUCUCUCUCUCUUUUCCUUUGUGUGGCAGUGAAGGGGCUCAGUCCAGAAGGAGACGGAUGAAAACAGUUGAUUGACUGUUUGGUCUGAGGGGUUGAGAGACGGCCCGGCGAGGAGUCAAAGAUGGGUCGGAAGCUGGAUCUGGCUGGACUGAGCGAUAAAGAGGCGGCACAUGUGCUGCAGGUGGUGCAGAGAGACAUGAGGCUGCGCAAGAAGGAGGAGGAGCGACUCAGUGAAAUGAAGCAGGAGCUGGACGAGGAGGGCAGCCGCUGCCUCCUGCUCUCGCGGCAGACUUGCUUCAACCGGCGCUGCUGCAUUCGCUGCUGCUCGCCCUUCACCUUCCUGCUCAACCCCAGGCGCCAGUGUCGGGACUGCAGCUACAACGUCUGCAAGGCCUGCCGGGUGUACAACAAGAGGGACAAAGCCUGGCUCUGCUCCGCCUGCCAAAAGAGCAGGUUGCUUAGGACACAGUCUCUGGAAUGGUUCUACACAAACGUAAAGAAACGCUUCAAGAGAUUUGGCAGUGCCAAAGUGCUGAAGACUCUGUACAGGAAGCACCUCGCGGAGCACAGUGCACUUUCAGAGCUAACAGAGGGCAGCGCCUGUGAUGAGAGCAUCUGCAAUGAUGGCAGCAUCUGUGGGAGUGAUUCCACUUUCUACAGACAAACUGAAGAGCACAGCAUGGCAGAGACUCUCAGUGUGGCGAUGCGGGUGGCAGAGGAGGCCAUAGAUGAGGCCAUUUCAAAAGCUGAGACUGACACCUCCAAUCAGGAGAAGCAGAAUGAGGCACACUAUCUGCGGGAGCACAGAGGAGAGCUCAUCGAGGAACUGGCCAAAACUAUUGUGCAAAAAAUCAUAAGCAGGAGAAAGGCUUUGGCUGAGAUGAGGGCAGAAUAUGACCAGGAAUGGCCCCUUGAGUGCAACACUGACCCUCCUCAUCAAUCUACCUGUGAUCAGACCACCAGCCCCCUGAAAUCGCAGGCAAACCUCUGGAGAUCCCACUCAGCCUUUACACUUCUGGACAGUGACUCCCCUGCUCUGAUUCAAGACUCUACCGUGGCCAUGAAGAAGGAGGCCAGCAGUUUAGCUGUGACUGCUUGGAAGAGUGUAGACCGGCUGGACAACUCUGUGCUGAAGAGCCCAGACGGGAACUGGAUCGCCCUGCAGAGCACCCAGCUGUCUCGGCCCAGCUUCCUGGGUAAAAGGAAGAGCCUGGUGUACAGUGCCUUGGAGAGGGAGUCUGGUGUUGUGUCGGCCUACGAGGGCCUAGGCUCCGACAACGAAACCAAACCGGAGCCCGACAGCUCCUGGGGAGCGGUCCUGCAAGAGAUCCACAGGAAGAUGAUGGACUCAAAUAUCAACCUGCACGACUUUGGUGCCGGCGUGUCGCCGCUCGAGGGCCACCAAGGCAGCAGAGACAAUCUGUUUUCAGACUCUGAGGGGAACUGGAAGCCUAACAAACCUCUGCUGGCUCUUCUGAAGCGGAAGGUACCCGCAGAGAUCAGGAAGCCUUCGUCGUCCCGCAGGACCAGCAUUAUUGACAUGAACUUCAACCUGAAAGAAGCGGGAGAGGAGGAGGAGGAGGAAAUCAAGGUGGCUGCUGAGACAGACACGGCAACGGGAAGAAACAGGAAAUUACGAAAGAAGAAGAGUAAAAAUGACCCGUUGUCUUCUUCUGUGUCGGAUUUAAACACAAAGGAGAAUUAUUCUCCUCAUCCCUCAUGCUCCGUGACCCCUGAUACGCUUACCUCUGGAGGCUCAACCCCUGAACCUUUCGACCCCAUUGGUGACAUCACUGGCAAUAGAGCCAAUCGGAUGGAAGAGGACUAUGCUUUAAAACUACAUAAACUUUCCCAAGAGUCCAGCACAAGAGAAGGAGGGCUCGACGAAAGAAGAUAUGCUGGUUUUGAGGACCACUGGGAGAAAAGCAGACAAGGAUAUGAGGACGGAGGUGAUGGAGAUGAGAGGCAGUGCGAGAUGCAGGUAGAUUUGGAAGGAGGAAUAACAAAGGAUGAAGAAGAGGAUGACAAAAAUGACGAGAUGAAGUACAGACUGUACAGGCUUGUGGCACAGUCCAGUCUCACAUACUUCUCAUCUACUGAAGAUGAACUGGACAAAGCGGGACGGAGCGAAGGAGAGCUGGACAUAGACGGAGAUGAAGACAUGGAGGAAGAAGACGACAAGCUGGAGAAACGAACAGAGCCGCUCAGUUAUAGACUUUGUCGGCUGGAGAAGGAGGUCAGAGCGACACAGUUCUCGUCCACUGAGGACGAGCUGGACCGAAUCGGAGUUGAGGAGGAGGAGGAUGGCUAUAAAGAGGGUCUGGCUGUGAAAGUCUGCAGAUUAGCUAACCAGGCCAGUGCCACUCAGUUUUCAUCCACGGAGGAUGAGCUGGACAGAGUGGGAAGAGGAGAGGAUGGAGAGGGGGGCACUGAUGAAGAUAUGCUGUGGAAGCUGCCGCCGGAGAAAGCUCAGCUACGGGAUUUGGCCAGUUUAGUGAGCGCCUCCCAGUUUUCAUCCACUGAGGAUGAGCUGGACAGAGUUGGAGAAAACGAGGCAAAUGAAAGGGGGAGGAGGAGCAGCCGUUUGAUGGAGGAGCUGUGGGAGGGAGCAGGAUCCAUGGGCAACGUAGACGGGACAACGUUUCAUUUGAGGGAUGACAAUGUGAAAAGAAACAAAGACAGGAGUGUGGAAAAAGUCCCAAGUGGGAAUGUUUUGGAGAGUCAAAAAAAAGUUGAGAAUGUUGAGCAUAAUGUAGAGGAAAAUAGGGUUUUUAAAGACAUGAGAGGAAAAAGACAUGUAAUGAGAGCAAAAGGGCAAUUAUGUGAUGAAAAUCUAAGAACUGGGAAAGAUGAGAAAGAAGAGCCAGAAGAAAGACAAGGGAUGCAGUUCAAAACAGGGAGGGAAGCUGAUGGAAUAAAGAUGAUAAGAACCUUACAUGAUACAAAAGAGUUUGAGCCAGGGGCAAGCAGGCCAGAUGAAAGAGAAGGGGAGUUUCAGAGUGUGAGUACAGGGACUCAUAAAAAAUGGGAAAGGGCAGCAGACAGCGACGAGGAGGACUCAGAAUUUGACCGAAUAAUCAGCGGCAUGUUGAUGUUUACUCUGGAUGACAUGCAAUUGGAAACAAAGGACAAAUCUGAAGAUGACAAAGGGAGACGCAAAGAAUUUGAAAAUGAGCAAAAGUUAGAGAGAGGAUCCCGAGAGGGCGCGGUUGAUCCACAAAUCACAGAAUAUCGAGAGGAAACGAUGAACAUAUGCAGUAGUCACGAAAUUGGAGGAGAUGUUUCAGGGAAACAGAGAAGUGGAUCUCUGCGGGAUGUAAGAGGUGCAGUAAUGACAACCAAAGAGGCAUUUAAGACAAAUGAGAGCCAGCAGACAUGUCCAAAAUCUGGAGUGAAUGACGAUGAGCAGAAACAGGAAGGAAGAGGAAUCGUGAAUCACGAGGAGUGGAAACGAGUCAAGACUCGGGGGGAUUCUGCAGACUUUGACAAGAAGGAUGUGGAUGAAAAGCACGAGGAAACAGAAGACCAAAAAGUGGAUGAUGUGGAGCUGAGCAGCGCAUCUGCUCCUGAGGAGGGUUUUCUGUCACCAGGAGAGAUUCAGAAUAGAUAUUCGGCAGUGUCUCUACGUAGCAUCACCACUGAGGUGUUAAAGGUGCUGAACGCCACUGAGGAGCUGCUGCAAGGAGCAGAGGGAGGAGACGGCGCUCAGCCCUCCAUCCAGCCACUUCCCUCCAGCUUGAACCACAAAAAACUGGAUCAACAGUUCUGCAGACUUGAGGAAAACGUGUAUGUGGCAGCUGGCUCGGCGUACGGUCUGGAGGCGGAGCUUAACGACCUGGAGGAGUGUGCCAGGGGCAUCAGCAGCUCCACGUCCAACCUGGAGCUGUCCUUCCUGGAGGAGCAGGUGGCAGCCGCAGCCGCCAAAGUUCAUCAGUCUGAGCUACAGAUCUGCGACAUCUCGGCCAGAAUUGCUGCUUUGAAGAGUGCUGGUCUGAAUGUGGACCCUCAGUCUCGCUUCGCUAAGACCAGAACCUCCCCGGAUAUGCCUGUGACGCUGGACUCCUCAAGACAGCACAGAAGAAAAUUACCCGCUCCACCUGUCAAAGAAGAAAAGGAAACGUGA